CCAUCCCCUGUUGGUCACCUCGAAAAUCAUUGAAGCAGAAUGCUUGCCGGUCCUGAUGCGCCAGCUUCUCGUCUCAGUGUCUAUAAUCGGAGGACAUGGAUCCUAUGUCGAGCUGGAACUUGUCCGCAAAUUCGAUCACUCGCAUAUACUCAAAUCCGGACAUGCUCUCACGUCUUCGUUCGCCAGGUUGCAUGAAUGGCCAAACUUCCUCAAGACAAGACUAGCAAGCCGAGUUUUCAGUAACAUGGACAAUCUAUGCAUACAUCUGACCGUCCAGGACGCCUGUGUCAUAAUUGGUCUCGAGGAUGGGAAAAAUGUUAUACGCACCAUCUGCUUACGCGAAUCGCUGCGUCCAGAUUUGGAAAGAUCAGUUCGGGCUGUGUUUGGGCCCAUUGAAAGCCCAAACCCAUUCUCGCCUUCAUUGAUAGACCGGAUGGUCACGGAGUUAACUCCCCUACUAACACGACGCGUGAGGUGAUGCUGUAUACAUGCUUGAAUGUUUCAGAAGGGGUCCAAUCUGGAUGCAGAAAACUGACUCAAACUGCGGGUAGCCGAGAACAUCAAAUACAGAUGCCCAACCACCAUUCUCA